UCAUUGUUUUGAGUUAUCUGUGGAGCAUAGUGGAGUGGCAUAAAAAAGAAUCCACAUAUUUUAUGGUUGAAGUUAAUCUUUUGAGGAGCUUCGAGUUUGACCGAAAUGGACGAAAGUAGUGAAAAAAAAUAGAGAAUAAGUGUUGUUCAAUUUCUCUUUAAUCUUUCUAUUUUUGUUUUACAUUAGAAGUAUCUUCAUUUUUCAACGUUUUAUUUUAUGUGCUUGAAUGAUAAUGUAGGCCAAAAUUGUAAGUGCAUUUACGUUUGUUUGAUUUAUUUAUCAACACCAGGUUAUAUGAUAAACUAAAAUUAACAACGUUCACAAACAAUAAUACACGAGAAGUAAAAAUGGAAACUGUUGAAGAGCAUCCUGUUAUAAAUUCUACUAUUGAUGACAUGAAAACAACCGUAACUGAGGAAUUGCCGACAAACGACGUCGAAUCGGAUGUAUGUCAGAAGUCAAAUGGAGUUAACUGCAUUACUAACAGUGAUGAUAAUGUGGCUGAAUCCACAACAGAAGUGGAGAGUGUACCAAAUUCAGGACCCACAGUCAAAAUUUUAGAGAUUUGUGAAAAUUUUGAAAUUGAAGAACCUGUUAAACAAGAGUUAGAAGAAGCGGUUGUAGAAAGCGCUAUCGAUAAAGAAAUUAUUGAGCCUAAAUCUGAUAUAGAUCUUGACAAUGAGGACCCUAAAAAAUUGCUUGAAGUUACCGAGCCUGAAAUUGUGGAUGAAAAUGUUACUGUAUCAUCCGAUCAGGUUGUAAUUGCUGAUGAAAAUGCUAUAGAUAAACAAGAAAUAGGCACUGAAAACAAUAUAACUGAACAUAGUAUUGAAAAUGAAAUUCAGGAUCAAACCACCAUUGAAAGAUCUAUCAUAGACCAAGCUCAAGUAUGUGAUGACAAAAAUCAAAACAGUGACUUGGAAUUAGGGUCAACUGUGGAAUUCUGUGCUUCAUCUACUACAAUAAAUGAAGGUGUGCAUUUUGAAACUGAAAUAUUGAUAGAAAAAAAUGAUAAUGAUGUUAAUGAAAAUGUUAUAAUUGAAUCGGAAACAUUAAUAACUGAUAAUUCUAAUAAUAUUUUGAGUGAAUUAGGUGAAAACAUUGAACUAAGUGAUGUACUUCAAUCAUCUGACAUGACAAGUAAUGUAGAAAAUAAUAAUGCAACAGCUAAAGAAGAGGUCUUUAAUAAGGAAGAAUUACUGGACAUAUUACAAGGAAAUGAUGUUGACCAAUCUUAUAUUGAGGGAAAUGAAGCUGAGAAAGCAUUACAACAACUUUCAAUGCUCAAACAACAUGGACGGUCUACAAAGAAAGUAAAAAAUAAAUCAAAAGAAAGUGUUAAAAACAAAGAUAAUAAAUCUGUUGCAAAUGAAAAUGUAGAGAAUAAAGUACAGGAGAAGGAUAAUAUUGUUAAUGUAUUAGUUAUGGAUUGGGAUGAUGAUGAGCCAGAAAAUAAAGAUCAUCAGGACAGUGAAUCAUUGCCUCCAGAUUCUGAUAAGAAAUGUCCACAGAAUAUAGAACCAAGUGAGGAACCUAGUGGACGAUCAUCUGUAGAAUCAACAGUUAGUGAGGAUACAUCUCAAAAACAAGUUAAAAGUGAAGAUGAAAGCCCACCUAAGAGAUUAGGUAGAGUGAUUAAAAAAAAGGUAAUCUUUGACCCUGAUAACCCUGAUACAUUUACAAAAUCUAAGACACCCUCUAAAUCUAAAGAAGUUCAUCAAAAUAAAGAUCAACCACCUAUUAAGAAAGGUAAGAUUGAGCAUACACCUCAGCGAAAUAAAUCUAGAAGUCCCACAUCAAAAUUACAGUGGAAAAAACCAUCUCCAAGAAAUAGUAAACAAAAUAAAAGACUGUCAGAAGUUGAUAAGUUAUUGAUGGAUGAAGGUGCAGUAAAUAUGAUAUAUCAAUUAACACCAGAAGCUCCAAAAGGCAGAAAAAAUGUGAAGACUAAAGCUGAGUUUAUAAAAAAGAUACAGAGUUCCACACCUGAGGGCAAGGAAAUGAAAUUCAGAGAAAGAAAGAAGGAUGCUAGAUAUGAUGAUGGCGAUGCUAAAAAAAUAUUGGGGGGAAAGCAAAGAAGCUCCUUGAGCAGUUCAGUAAAGUCACCUUCAGUUUGUGAGGAUUUUGAGACUCACAGUGCUGAUGAUUCUAUCAUUUAUCGCCGUCAUUCCUCUAGUUCAUAUUCUAGUAGUUGUAUGAGCCCUCGACGUCUCAGUGAUGUAGAAGGAAACUCUCAAAGCUCAAAACCAGCUCCUGUACCCCAAACAGAGAAACAAAGUAUGACCAAUAAUCACAAUGACACUCAAAGCCAAUCAGAAGACAUAUUUAUGUUGGAUGUAAAUACAGUGACUUCAGAUGUAAAGACAGAGCUUAUCAAUAAAGAAGAUUGUUUAUCUAUAAAAGAAAAACUUAACUCAAAACUAUCACUUGCUCUGAAUAAAAGAAAAAGAGAUAGUGCAAAAGUAGAUAAGCCUGCAAAGCAGAAAAAAAUAUUGAAACCUGAAGAAAAGGAGGUCGUGAAUGAAGUUACUAAUACUUUAAGUUGUAACUUUAAGUUUGUAUCCGUUAAAAUAGACCAACAUUUGGCUGAAAUAUGUUUACAAAAAACAGGGUCAAAAGAUAGUGUAGAGGUUUUGAAGGAGCUAGAACAAGCUCUUAAAAGCAUUGAUGAAAAUAAUGAUAUUUCUGUGACCCUGUUAUCUUCUCAGUGUGGUACUCUUUGUUCCAGUUUGGAUCUAAGUUUACUUUUAGAUGAAAAUAGUGAGAUAAGAACUAAAAAUGCAUAUGAACUUGCUGAAUCUGUGAGGUCGCUGCUGGCUACGGUGAGCCGGCACCGCAAGCUGGUGUGCUGCGGCGUGUGGGGCGCGUGCUCGGGCGCGUGGGUGGCGCUGGUGGCGCUGUGCGACGUGGCGCUGGCGUCCGAGUGCGCGACCUUCUCGCUGGCCGCGCCCGCCGCGCCCUCGCUGCCCGGCGCCGCCGCGCUCGCCGCGCCGCACCGCGCGCUGCCGCACCCACUCGUGAACGAUCUGGUGAUAUUCGGCAGGCGUAUCUCCGCGUCGGAAGCGCUCCGCGGCGGGCUCGUGUCCCGCACCCUGUGGCCCUUCCGCUUCGACGAGCAAGUGCGCAAUAUCGUUAAGGAUAUUGCAAUACAACCCACACAUGCUGUCCUGUUGAAGAAACGUCUUCUCGGCUUAAAGAAGUCUCGUGAGGGAGAGGUGGCCUUCCUCUCCUGCCUCGAGUCGGAGCGAGACCUGCUCGUGGAGUACUGGACCUCGGUCGAGGGUCAGGAAUUGCUGCGAGCGGCCCUAGAUGCCGCUUAAAGUUGUGGCAAUAUUUUCAUAUCAUUAUGCCAUUAAUUUUUUUACGCUCAUACUAUUUAAAACUAUCACGUUUCACUUAUUUUUCAUAAUGUAUUCUUUCUUUCCUUUCUUAAGUCUGGUAUUUACUUCUCUUACUUAACACCUUUGGUGUACGUGUAGUGUAAAUAAGGAUAUAUGCACACAAUUGACUGUUUUGAUUUGUGGUGUCUCCGUUUAGAAUAUAAUCAGAAUUAAUGUUAUAUUGAGUGAUUGUGGAAGUAUAAUUAUUAUCACAUAUAUUAAUGGUGUUGAAGCGUUAAAUUUGUUUUAAAAUUGUAAUAAAUAAGUGACGGUACUUUUAUUAACAAAAAAAAAAAUUGGUUAAAUAUAUUAUUACUGAAUUUACUGACUAUAUUAAUAUUAAUCUUUUGACGUCAAUGAAAGUACGGUCCAUGUAAUUGAUUAAUUUAAUAAGUAUGAAAUUUUCGGAAGACUGCUGUUUUCAUAUUGUGCAUGUAUUGAAAAAUCGUACUUUAAGCAGUGUUAUGAAAUUUAAAGGGUGUCUAAUAUUAAGGCAUAGAUUAUAUUGUUAUGUUGUAGAUGAAAUUGUUUAUGUGUUUGUUUAGAUGUUUAUUAGUUAACAAUUCAUAUGUAAAUUAGAAUUAAUUUCAGCCAAAGUUAUGUACUGAUUUUUUCCUUUGAUCAGAAAACCAUGUCAUUUGUUUUAAGGUAAAAGACAAACUUAGGUACGUUGAAAAGCGCGCGGCAUUGUUACGUCGAAUUAUACUAUUUAAGUAAUAUUUUAUUCUUAAAUUAUGUUUUGGUUGAAAAAACCUGAUAUAUUUAAAAAGAUGCGCGCUCUUUUCGCCAACUUUUGUCCUAUACCUUUAUACAUAAUUUAAUGUAGUUGGUGCAAUUCAUUCCUUUUUUAUAAAGUUUGCCUUUUAGUUGUGGUAUUAAUUUACCAAUUUGUUUUCGAAGACAACUAGGCUUAUUUAGACGUAAUUUUAUUAGUUUAUUAUUAUAUUUAAGCAUAGCAAUAACUUAUUUUCUGUUUCUUGAGGAAAUAAAGUGCCUUUCAUAAAUA